AUGGCGGAUCCAGGCCAUCUAUCUCUAUCCGAGAUUCAGGAUGCUAUCCACCAGCUAGACAGAAACGAACCGGGUGCACGCCCGCUUCUCCAAGACCCAGCAAGACAAAUACGAUUGUUCACCCUCUGGCCAGGGACACAAGAGAGUCCGAUCCAUGGGGUAUUCAGUGUGGCUACCCUCGACGACGGGCCUGAUUAUCAGUGUAUAUCAUACGUUUGGGGCGAUGCCUCGGAUACAAAGGACAUCACAGUGGGCGGGAAAGACUUCAAAAUCACGACAUCGCUGUUCUCGGUCCUACGGCGCAUCAGAUCCGAGCAAGAAUACCUGACUGUGUGGGCCGACGCGUUAUGCAUCAAUCAGGACGAUCACGAGGAGAAGCGGGUGCAGGUCGACAUGAUGUUCGAUAUUUACAGCAAAUGCAGUAAUUGCUUUUUCUGGUUGGGAGAGGUUGACCUCCUCGAUGGGGAACUGAGCUUAGACAUUGCUCGCUACGGCUUGGACUUCAUCGAAUUCUGCGACGAUACAGACUUGGAAAGAGAAAACAACGGCUUUUCGACGGCUGAAGGGUUGAUGAAAAUUUGUCUCACCUUUCGAAGCCUGGCCAAAUGUCAGUGGUGGCGGCGAAUAUGGACAGUUCAAGAAUGCGUCGCUCCUCACACGGGGAUCUUCCUUUGGGGGCCUCUCACGAUAUGUCGAUUCCCUUUGAUACACUUCUAUAAAAAUAGUGUGCGCGCGGCAUUCGAAAAACGUAGGUGGAUAAGUGACAAGUGGGACAAGCACUAUUUCGAGGCAGCGGGAGCAAUGAAAUCGCUGCUAGAACUACUCUCGACGUUGAGAAAUCGAAUCGAAUCAAGGUCGCAGGCAGUGGUGGAUGGUGUAGCUAGUAUUAGCUUCCUUUGGAAUGCCUGCGACCGCCGAGCUUUGGAUCCGCGCGACAAGAUCUUCGCUCUACUACCUUUCAUUGCAGGAGCAUUGGUGAAAUCAAAGUCAAGCAACUAUGACAUCGACUGUGUAGAGCUAUACAGCCGCGUCACGGUGGAUCUCAUCCGGUCUUGUCAAUCGUUACUCCCACUCAUGGGACGCCGGCAGAGCGAGACGCCCUUGGAAGGACCUUCUUGGGUUCUGGAUUGGCGUCGCCAAGAGAUGGCACAACAUAAAGAGGUAAAUGCGUUUACCAUGGCUCUUAGAUUGACCUACCACUUCGAUGCUUCACAUGGCCUUCCUCGGCUAGAUCUACAAAACCUUCUUUCGGGCGACGGACGGCAGUUGAGACUUCGUGGACACUUCGUUGACACGCUUGUGGGCAAACUUAUGCCACCAACUGGAGUCUCCGCGGGUUAUGAUGACCCCUUGAAUUAUAUGCAAUCCCUUAAAAUCUUGAGACAAAUAUGGAAACAAAGCGUAGCUGAAGAUGCUUUCAGUGCUUUGCGAAACCUGGAUGGGCCAUUGGUGACAAACGAAGUCGUCACAGAGUUUUCUGGGAUGUUGGAUGACGUGCUCGACCUACGUAUACAAUACGAGUCACAGGAUUGGGAAUUGAAAGAGAAAGCACAGCUGGUAUCCUGGCUGCAAUCUAGGAUCAUGACCAUCUUUCUUGUAAGUGCAGGGACGCAUGAUAGAUACCACCUAGUGAGUGAUUGCUAUUUGCCCGGGAUAAUGAAAGGCGAGCUCUCACUCGCAGGAACUUCUUUCUUGCGAACUGUCACUUUGUGUUAA